AUGUCCCGUAUACCCCUCCCAACAUCUCAAUCAUUCCACAGACCGGACUCCCCAUCAUCCACCAUGAAUUCUCCGGCGACAGACACCAGGAAGAAGACGAGCAAGAAGGACGAGUCGCUACGCAAGAAGAUCGAGUCGGAGCUGUCGCGCAAGCGCACCGGCACCGGUCGCCAAGCUGCUCCCUCGCAGCAGAUGGGCAUGGCAGGAAAGACGAGCAAGAAGGCGCAAAAGGGGACGGUAGCGGGGCUCAAGCCGAGCCCGGCGUUGACUGUGCCCGAGGCCAUGUCGGUUGCGGACGCGAGUCAGCUGUGCGCUGCCAAGCGGACAGACUGUGUUUUGGUCGUGGACGAGGAGGAGGGAUUGAGUGGUAUCUUUACCGCCAAGGAUUUGGCUUUCAGGGUCACUGCCGAAGGUCUCGACCCGCGCAUUACGACCGUCGCUCAAAUCAUGACCAAGAACCCCAUGGUCACCCGGGACACAACGAGCGCGACCGAGGCGCUCCAACUCAUGGUCUCCAAGCACUUUAGGCAUCUGCCCGUUUGCAACGAAGAUGGCGACGUGGUCGGUCUCCUCGACAUUACCAAAGUGUUCCACGAGGCGCUCGCCAAGGUCGAGAGAGGCUCCAGCGCUACAUCUCAGCUCUCCGCUGCACUGGCCGGAGUUCAAUCCGAACUCGGUCCCGGUAUGGCGUCCAACCCUCAAGCAGCCGCAAUGCUUGCCUAUGUUGAUGCUCUUCGGGACAAGAUGGCUCAGCCCGACUUGACCUCUGUGCUCGACACCAGCCUUCCCCCUCCCACCGUCUCCCCGCGUACCUCUGUCCGGGAGGCCGCCAAGUUGAUGAAGGACCGCCGCACGACCGCGGUCUGCGUCAUGGAGGGCACCACUGGCGGGUCGACCAUUGCCGGCGUCAGCGGGGGAUACCCCAAGAUUGCCGGUAUCUUUACGUCCAAGGAUAUUGUCUUGCGGGUCAUUGCUGCUGGUCUGGAUGCAGGGAGGUGCAGCGUGGUCCGAGUGAUGACACCACACCCGGAUACCGCCGAGCCGACCAUGGUGGUCCAGGAUGCCCUCAAGAAGAUGCACAAUGGUCACUACCUCAAUUUGCCCGUGGUACACCCGGAUGGCAAGCUCAUGGGCAUUGUCGAUGUCCUGAAGCUCACCUACGCCACCCUUGAACAGAUCGAUAAUAUGAGCGAGGAAAAGUCCGACUCGUCAGGCCCGAUGUGGGGCAAAUUCUUUGACGCCCUCAACACGGCUCAAGACGACGACACGGCGUCUGUCAUUUCCCAGUCGGAACGGCCCGACACCCCCUCUCGGCCCAGCUUUCACAAUCGCGGCCUCUCUAGCAUCACGUCGCCAGUCUCGGAGCUCCAGCCGAACGACUCGGCCUCUGCCAUCGACGAGGAGGCAUCGGACGUCGGCGGAAAGGGGGCGGCGGAAAGCAGCGUGGCUCCUCCCAAUCUCCCCGUCGACGACGGGACAUAUGUCUUCAAAUUCCGUACCCCUUCCGGUCGGACGCAUCGCUUCCAGGCUCGGUACGACUCGUUUGACCUGCUACGUGAUAUCGUGGCGGGCAAACUCGUCUCGGACCCCUUCUUCUCUGCACCCACUGCCGUCGAGGGCCAGGUCAUUCAUCUCCCCGACCCAUCCUCCUUUACGCUUUCCUACACGGACGACGAGGGCGAUCUCGUCACCAUGACUGCCGAUGGCGAUAUCGCUGACGCGGUCCGGAUCGCCCGAGGCCAGCGCUCCGACCGGGUCGUCCUGCUCAUUGACGGCGGCAAGGUGUGGGAUGACUUUGCACGGGAUAUAGGUGGGGAGCCGGCGGUCAAGGAUUUGAAGGAAAAGGAGACGGUGGUCAAGGGCGUCGAGGUCGAGGAGGAGCGGAUGGUGGCCGAGGAGGCGGACCCCGCGAAGGAGGCGACGUUUGGCAAGAAGGGGGUCGUGCACGCGCAGGCCAACCUCGCCAGGGAGGAGUUGAUUGGGGGUGUGUUGCCAAAGGAGAUGAUGCUUCCGGCAGCGGUUGGGUUUUUGGGUGUGGUUAUUUUGGGGGUGUUUAUCGCGACUAGGGCGAGUAAGUGA